AACCCCGGCCGCUGCAGGACGCGGCGCGGCGCAGCGCGUUCGGGACGAUGCAGCCGCCUCCCCGCAAGGUGAAAUUGACUCAGGAGGUGAAAGUGCGCUUCAUAGAACAGCUGUCCAGCCUGCAGAGUAAGCAGCAGCGGGAGACAGAGCUGUUGGAAGACAUCAGGUCCUACAGCAAGCAGAGAUCUGCCAUCGAACGGGAGUAUGGGCAGGCGCUGCAGAGGCUGGCGAGUCAGUUCCUGAAGAGAGACUGGCAGCGGGGCCGAAGUGAGACCAAUGACUCCAGGAGUGCCUUUGCUGUCUGGAAGGGGGCGAUUGACAGCACAAUGUGCGCCGGGCAGGCCCGGGUGGCAGCCUCAGAGAACUACCGCAGCCUGAGUCUGGAGGUGGCUAAAACCACCCGACUGUCUAAGGAGCACCUGCUCAAGAAGAGCACGGAGCAGCUGCAGAGGGUGCAGGCAGAGCUCCUGGAGACGGUGAAGGAAGUGGGCAAAGCCAAGAAGCACUACAUGCAUCUGCAGCGCGUCAGCGAGGUGGCCAAGGAGAAAGCAGCUGAUGUGGAGGCCCGGCUCCGGAAGAGUGACCAUGGCAUAUUCCACACAAAGGCCAGUUUGCAGAAGCUUAGCACCAAGUUUUCUGUGCAACUGGCCGAGUACUCGCAGCAGCUGGUGAUGGCACGGAACGAAUACCUGCUGACGCUGGGAGCUGCCAAUGCCCACCUGGGGCACUACUACCACGUCGAGCUGCCUGCCGUCAUGAAGACCCUGGAUGGUGACCUGUACAAGCGGCUCCGGGACCACCUGACCCUAGUCAGCCAGACAGAACUAGAGGCCUGUCACGCCACGCAGGAGCGGUUUCGGGGGAUCCUGGAGGCCUCCACACAGGUGUGCAGGGAGCAGAGUCUCCUCCUGUUCCUGCAGGAUAACACUGCCUUCACCCAGACUCCUGAGCAGCAGUUCCAGCCGUCGGGCGCCGACCAGGUGCGCCUCCUGGAGGCAAGGAGUGGCAGCGCUGGGGAGAGUGGGCUGGAGAAGGAGGCCCGGCGCUGGGCCACCCGGGCGGCCAGAGACUACAAAAUAAAGACUCAUGGCAAGCAGGUUCUGCAGAGGAUGGAAGCCAGGAGGCAGCAGGCCCCUGAAGCGGAGACACCCGGCAUGGAGAGGAGGAUGGAAGAAGUGAGCGAGAACAUCCGGAAAGCAGAGGUCAGUAGAGUAAAGGCCGAUGCCCGGCUGGUAUUGCUGCGCCAGGCUGGGCUAGACGUGGACACUUGGCUGGCGGGGGCCAUGGGACAAGUCCUGGAGGAGCUGGAGCAGGAGCGACGGCUGAGUGAGGCCCGCAAGUCGGACAAGGAGUCGACCCCCACGGCAGAAGAGUUCGAUCUGGCAGAGUUUGACGAUUAUGACGACAAUGAGGAGCUCUUUGAGGAUGCCAGUCCCUGCCCUGGCACUGCCCGCAUCUACCCAUCCACUUGCAGGGUGUUCUUUGGGUAUCAGGCCUGCCAGUCUGACGAGCUGUCAAUCCACCAGGGCGAGGAGCUGGAGGUCAUUGAAGAUGGCGAUGUGGAAGAAUGGGUCAAGGCUCGGAACCAGACGGGGCAGGUGGGUUAUGUCCCUGAGAAGUACCUGCUGUUCCUGGAUGUUGUGGGGAGUGAGCGCAGGGCGCUGACCGGGAGCUGCCAGGAAGGCCCCUCCGAGACCGCCUUGGAAAGGGAGCUCACUAGCAUUAUGUCCAUGGACUUGGUGCUGGAGCCAGGAACAUGGCUGGUGCGAGCCCUCUACGAUUACGAGGGGCAGAGUGUGGAGGAGCUGACCUUCCCUGAGGGAGCCAUAAUCCGAGUGCUCCCCAGAGAGGAGGGGGAAGUGGACGAUGGCUUCUGGAAAGGUGACUUCAACGGGCGCGUUGGGGUCUUCCCUUCACUGGUGGUGGAAGAAAUAACUGGAGUCAUAGGAGUGGCUGGGCAGGAGCUCCCAUCACCAUCUCCUCCGGCCUUCUCCCCUCCAGUCCUUGCGCCCGGUGCUGGGCUGGGUUCCCACCUCCUUCCAGAAGUGCUGCUGGGAGCCUGCAGGCAGGAUGGCGCAGUCAGUGGCCCCAGCUCUCCAGACCUGGGAGCAGCACGCAUCCGCCCGCUGCGAGCACCACCUCCACCCCCUGCCAAAGCCUCAGAACCCGAGCCUGAACCCCGGAUCAGCUGACGCUACCCAGCUGGGAGCGCAGUGUGUCACCCAAGCAAAACUGCUGCCACUGACUUCGCCACCCAGUGGGUGCACUGGGUUCCUGC